AACCCUUCCAUCAUCCCCCUUUUCCGACCUCCGAUCACCGGUCACAUCCUUUUCCGAGGCUAAUCUCUUACAGAACUGGCCAACUUUCAAGAAGCUCUGGAGGAUUCCGGCAACGGGAGCGUGGUGCUCUCCCUAUACCAUGCGUUAAGCUCUCGUGACGUCCAAGUCGUAAACAAACUCUUAGCUCCUGAUCUCGAGUGGUGGUUUCAUGGCCCUCCGUCUCAUCAGUUUAUGAUGCGAUUGCUCACCGGAACUGAUAAAGAAAUCACCGACUCCUUUGAAUUCGUGCCUCUUUCGAUUGACGCCUUCGGAUCUACAGUCAUCGUCGAAGGCUGCGAUCAACGCCGUGAUAUCUCCUGGAUCCACGCCUGGACUGUCAACUCGCAUGGGAUAAUCACACAGGUUAGGGAAUACUUCAACACUUCCCUCACUGUCACUCGGUUCCUUAACUCUACCAAACCUGUUUCCGUUACUUCGUUACAUUGCCCUUCCGUUUGGGAGAGUAGCCUCGCUAAUCGCAUCGGAAAAUCUGUUCCUGGUUUAGUUUUAGCAAUAUAAAAUAAGGAUAACAUCAGUUAAUAAGAGCAAAUCAAAGUCGUGGUAUCCUGCCUCUGAGAGGAUGUAAGAUAUUCACGGCUAGUUUAUGUGGUUAUCAAUUUCAUUUUCUGCUAGCUGUGUUUGAGAAUAAGUGUAAUACAUCAUGUUGAUGCUACCCUAUUUGUGUUCAAUCUAUUUCGUUGAUAUAAAAUCGUAUGUUUGUUUUA